AUGGAUCGAGGUACAUGCCAUGGCAGUCGAGAUGGCGCUGUGUUCCCCCGGCUCUUUGCGGCUCGCCUUGCCUUCCUUCACGGCGCGCCAUCUCGGCCGACAGGACCACAGACUCUUCGUGUCUGUGACCCUGACUGGAUCUCCAGACUCCAUGCCAUCCAUCAUGAUCCUCACAGACUCCGACACACCAUGCCAUGGAUGCCACUCACCCACGGUUCCACGGUCGUCCCACCCCCACCCACGAAUGGCUCCGCGCACAGCACCGGCCAGUCACGCCGCACAUCGCUCACCAGCUCUUUGCUGAUUCGCCAACCGACGAUAGACUACUCCGCCCCGUCUCUUCACCUUGACAGUUGA